AUGGAUGUGUAUGAAGAAAUUAUUGAUCCUGAAGCAAACGAAUUUUACGAUAACGUUCGGACAUUUAUUGUUGUAUUCCUCACUGUUGCAUGUCUUCUUCCAACAUCCUACGUUCUUCUUAACUCGAGACGCAAAAUUAAGGAGGCUUACUUGUCUAAAGAGGAUGUAACUGUUCAAAAUUUUGUGCUUCUAGUGAGCAUGUCUAUUGUGUCAUUAUGCAUCAUAAUGGUCUUUAUGCUUCCAUUGUCCAUCCUUGCUAAUGAAGUUUUAAUACUUUUUCCCGAUCGCUAUUAUGUUCAGUGGAUAAAUGCAGGCUUAUUGCAUGCAUUCUUCGUACUGGUGCGUAUAGCAUUUAAAGGAUCCUGUUUUGUGAUACCGUUUAGUUUCUUUCUGAUGUUCUCCCAUACUGCAAACAAAGGAAACAAGGGUUUAUGGUCUCGAUGUUUCUAUUCUAUGCUCUAUGUUGUUGUUACUUACAUCGCUUCAUUUGGCUGCUUAACAGUGUUCGUUUCUACUAUUUUGGUUGCCUUUAAUUCUUCUAAUCUCACAAGUGUACAUGGCUCAGUUUCCCAUUUCCUCCCUCGAGCCUGUUUCUCAUCACCAAACUUUUAUUUUUCUUGGCCAGUUCAACUUUUUGGUGAUAUCAUUUGCUCCAUCGAUAGCAUCUUGCUUCGCACUCAGCAAUCUAUUUCAUACAUCGGUCUUUCCCUACUCUUAGUAUGUAUGCCCAGUGGAAUUUGCGGUCUCAUUCUCAAAAUGAUCAGCUUCUCUCAUUCUACUCAAACACUUUACCAGCCAUCGUCGAUUGAAACCUAUAAUACUGAUUGUGAGUAUCAGUUUCUGCUGGAAAAGUGCUCACAAUAUAUCAAGACGCUCAAUGAACCGUUUCAUCAGCACACAGAUCAGUAUUUCUACCAAAUAGGCGCUCAUUCGGAUAUAAGCUACCGACUAUCUCUUGAUGAAACGGAGCCGCCUAUAAAGUUGAAUGAAGCCCCUCUUAGACGCACUAGUUCUGUCCUCUCAACUGUUGCAUUCGUGUUUCUUAUGAUUGUUUUCAUUGCCUCUGUUAUAUCAACAUCAGUGAAUAUUAUCGCCAUGCUCUAUAGUCUUCUAAUACCCCGCGGUGAGGAAACUGCAGAUCGGUCGUCGUUCAACGACUAUAUCAUCCUUGGUCAUGAAUCGGUCUCAAAGUUUGGUUUCUUUGGAGCUUUCUUGCAGGUGAGUUGUGCGUUUGGUUUGUUAUUGUAUGGUCUCAGAUUCAUAUUGUGA